ACUGUGGCUGGUGGUAGUCUACAGCUGUUGUUUCUCUGGAGCCAUACACAGCGCUAGUAAAGGAAGUGGCUCAUCUGCGCUCCCCCUCUUCUCUCUUGUGAAUGAAUGGCAGUUGGAUUGGAGUCAUUGGACCUGAGGGGCUAUCACACAAACUAACGGCAAAAGGCUAUGGAUGUUACUGGAUGAUAACAGUAGGUCGUGAGAAGACAUGCAGCACACGUCGUGUACUGAGGACCGGAUCCAGCAUGCUCUGGACCGAUGUCUGGAUGGGCUCAGACCCAGCCCCACGGCACCACAACCCUGGAACGUCCUGAUGUGCUCGGCGGGCCAGUCGUUGAACCGCUGGAGUCUGGAGGAAUUGGUGAAGAGAGACCCAGAGAACUUCCUCAUCCUCCUGCAGCAGAUCCUCAGGAAGACCCGAGAGGUCCAGGAUCAGUGUCAGUAUGAGCUAGUGGCUCCCCUCGCUAUCAUGUUCUCCUCCACUCUGUUACAGACCCCCUUCUGUCCCCCUGCCACGGAGCUGCUGGAGGAGGCCUGUGAGGUGUUUGGCUGUUUCCUGACUUGGCCAGAGCCUUACUGCAGCGUGUGUAAAGGACUGCUCUCCACCUUACAUCAGGAACUCAAGGCCCCAGGCAUAUCCUAUCACAGACUGGUGAGAGAAGAGCAAGGCCUGGCCACCUCAAAACAUCGCUCAAAAACAAUGACGGUUCUGUUGAUGAACCCUAGUGAGGUGCCUCCUGAGUUCCUGUCUGUAGCAGACCAACUGAGUAGUAUCCAACGUUCCCAGAGAGAGACAUACAUCACCCUGGUAAAACAUGCCUACCAGGCUACCCUGGGCUCCAAGUACCCCCUGGCCAGCAUCCACAAAGCCCUGCAGGUCAAGAGUCUAGAAGUGCUGGUGGAGAUCUUCUCCAUGGUAACCGACGUCCUGGAGAUGGCCGCUGCCAUGGACGACCCGGCGAAAGGUCGUGAUCAUGUGACGCAGGGCCUGGAGGCGCUGAGGGAGAGGAUGGGCGUCCCAGCGUCCAAUGUCAGGAAGUCUGACGGAAUGCUGCAAACUCUACCACUGCCCACAGCCAAGUGCUACAUGUUUCACUGGGACAAGGACAACUUUGACAUCCUCAACACCAUCCUGGAGAACGAGCAUGACCUAACCGGCUUCCAGACCUCCAGUGGUCAGGGUGAUGGUGAAGAUGAGGAGGGAGAGGAAGGUGCAGAGUUCGACCUGGAGGAGGAAGAGGGAGAGAAGGAAGAGGGAGAGAAGGAGUUUGUACGUAGACAUGUCGGAGGCAACGGCUGGAGCAUGGACCACCGAGCCUCUACCUUCUCCACCGUCUCCUCCCUCUCCACUGCCUCUAAAGACUCCAUGUACUCCAACUUGUCCGAAUCCUACACCCCCUCCAUUCUCUCAGUCACUUCCGGCAUCGACAGCGACUUCUACGAAGACCCUGAGGACGCCACCUCCAGCCCCUCCCCUUUGGAACGGAGUCCAUCGUCCGGCAAGUCAACCAAAGCUUCGGCUCGUCGGAGCCAGCACUUCUCCCGUUUCUUCAAGACAAAGACGCAGUCCCUGACCAGAGCCAAGAGCCUCGGCAGCCCAGAUGCUAAGGACUUUGUCCCUGUUCGUUCAAAGCGCUCCAACUCCCUCCCGCAGCAGGUGCACCUACGCAGCCCAGACUCCUUGUUCCAGACCCCCUGUACCUCCCAGGCCCUCAAGCAUGUGUGCUUCCGCCGGAGGCCCAUCCUGAGCAGUGACGAAGAGGGUGACAGUAAUGCCACCACCCUGAGGGUGGUAGUGUUCGGGGCCGACCACGUGGCGGGCAAGGUGGCGAGGGCCUAUAGUAACCUACGCCAGAGAGAGAACGUUUGCCCGAACCUCAGCAGAGCCUUCCGGCUGCAGUUCUUCUUUGUGCCUGUGAAGAGGGACAGUGUUGUGAGGUGCCCCAGUCCCAGGUGCCCUAGCCCCGGAGGCCAGUCGGCUAGCCCACGGAGAGGAAGUACAUCCUGUACAGAGCUCAACAUUAUUGCCACAGAAGACAGCACUAACGACAUAGCCCGUUUUAUUGGUAUGCUGGACCCCUGGUACGAACGCAACACCUUGAGCCUGCUCAGUCUACCAGCCAACGUGGUGUGUCAGCAAACCUCUAAGAUAGAGUCUGAGUUGGCUGAUAGUUCCUAUGAGGAUCGUCUGCCCAUCCUGGCUGACCUGGUGCUGUACUACUGUCGCCAUGCCACCAGGCCUGCACUGAUGCAGCUCUACCAAGCUGAGAUGACGUUAGCUGGAGGCGAGAGGCGGACAGAGGUUUUCAUUCACUCCCUAGAGCUGGGCCACACCGCGGGGACACGAGCCAUCAAGGCUAUGGGUGCCGCAAGCAAGAGGUUUGGGAUCGAUGGCGACCGGGAGGCAGUCCCUCUGAUGUUAGAGGUGGUUUACAACAGGGUGGUUAUCAGUGGGAGAAGUCAAUGGACGAAGAAAGACAAAGUUUGCACCUCCAUCCACCUGACCAAAGCCUGCAAGAAUCCAGAGGAACUAGAUUCAAAGAUGGAGUGCUUGCAGUUGACAAUGACAGAAGUACUGAAAAGGCAAAACUCCAACAAAUCUAAGAUGGGCUACAAUCAGCAACUGAGCAUGACUGAGGUGAAGGUGGACAAGGUGCAGGUCAGUGGGACUGGUAACACCACCUUCGCUGUGUGUCUGGACCAGGAUGAGAAGAAGAUCUUCCAGUGUGUCACCAGGUACAGGCAGGCGCACACACACACGCACACACACACACACACACUUACACACUUACACACACACUUACACACACACACACACUUACACACACUUACACACACACACACACACACACACACACACACACACACACACACACACACACACACACACACACACACACACACACACACACACACACACACACACACACACACACACACACACACACACACACACACACACAGAGAGAGUCUUGUACAACUAACCUUGUGGGGACACACAAUUCAGUCCCAUUCUCAAAAUCCUAUUCUCCCUAACCCCUAAACCUAACCCUAGCUCCUAAUCCUAAAAAUAACCCUAGCUCCUAAUCCUAAACCCCCUAGAAAUAGCAUUUGACCUUUUGGGGACCAACAAAAUGUCCCCAGUUGGUCACAUUUGGUAACACCACCUUCGCUGUGUGUCUGGACCAGGAUGAGAAGAAGAUCUUCCAGUGUGUCACCAGGUACAGGCAGGCGCACACACACACGCACACACACACACACACACUUACACACUUACACACACACUUACACACACACACACACACUUACACACACACACACUUACACACACACACACACACACACACACACACACACACACACACACACACACACACACACACACACACACACACACACACACACACACACACACACACACACACAGAGAGAGUCUUGUACAACUAACCUUGUGGGGACACACAAUUCAGUCCCAUUCUCAAAAUCCUAUUCUCCCUAACCCCUAAACCUAACCCUAGCUCCUAAUCCUAAAAAUAACCCUAGCUCCUAAUCCUAAACCCCCUAGAAAUAGCAUUUGACCUUUUGGGGACCAACAAAAUGUCCCCAGUUGGUCACAUUUUUGUUUUACUAUUCUUAGUUAAACACAUUCACACAGUCUCCAUAAGUAAAUUUAAACACGUCCACACACACACACUCUGACCACAGUGUCACUUUCCCUCCCUCCUUCUCUCCCAGGUGUGAAGUAUCUGUAUGCUACAAGCCUGACAGCUCUACAGACUGGAGGUUAGACCAGGGCCUGUCCGCCCAGAUCCAGCCACUCCACCCCACCUUCUGCACCCUCCUCUGCCUGCCCAUAGCCACCUUCAGCGGCGCACAGCCCUGAGAGGGGAAGACCAGCCUUAAAAAAAUAUAUAUACUUUAAUGUAUUUAUGACACUUUUUUUAAACAGCUGGUAACAGAGUGGAGUGGAGAUGAAAAGCCUUGAGUCUGUGGACCAGACUAAAAUGAAUGGAAGAGACUCUUUUUGGAGUCAAGGGACAUUAUGGCUGCUGGAUGGUUCAGUGAACCACCCUCCUGUGAUGACUAACAUUGCCUGAGACCUACAGACGUCCGUUGGGCUAACAGUCUUGUGACAUUCAGGAGACCGGGGUUCAACACCCAGUUGCUGAAAUGGACACUAUGGAUUAUGUAAAUGAUGUACAUUUGUAUACUAUAUAUUUCUUACCUCAAAAUAACUUCAACAUUACACUGUAGCUACACGGGCAUUGGUGCAAGGUAUUUGAAAGCACUGAAGUCCUCUCUUCCUGCACUGUAUUGAGCAACGGUUUCCUGAAAUGGGACAUUUCUGAAAUAUCACAGUGACUUCUUUAGACCAGCAGGGGAGUCUAUUGUGUUCACUUUCCCACACUAGAGUAACGUAUGUAUAAUGAUAGGAUAAUGAAGGAUAAUGAGGUAGGAAAAGCAGCCUUUUCUCAGGACUCCAAAGACUCAUCCAAUAGCAGUUAUGUUAAAUGUUGUUUUUACAUUUGAAUGUAUAUAUUUGACAUGCCAUUGUACAUAAUAUAAGACGUAUCAUACUAA